GUCAAUUUAAACAAGUAGUAUUCGUUGUUUCUAUAAUAAUAUAUAAAUAAAUUUUAUAUAUAUAAUAUUUUAAAAAAGAAAAAAAAAAAAAAAAAAAAUUAAAAAAAUUAAAAUUUUAAAUUUAAAUUUAUUUAUUUUUUUUUAAGUUUUUCAUCUACGCAAUCUUUUUUUCAUAUAAUUUUUUUUAAAUUGUAAAUAAUAAAUAAAUAGAAUAAAUUAAAUUAAAUUUUGAUUUGUUUAAAAGAGGAAAAGAAAAAAAAGAAAGAAAAGAAGAUAUUUUAGAAAUAAACAUAAUAAAUAUAUAUAGUUAGAAAAAUGUUGUACGAUUCUUCAGCUAACGGUACCCACACCGAUUACCCAGAUUGCGAGGGUAAAGUUCAACCAGAUCCAGGUAACACAACAUGGGUUUUAUUAUCAACAAUUUUAGUACUUGGUAUGAUGCCAGCUCUUGCUUUCUUUGAAGCUGGUCUUUUAAGAAGUAAAAAUACACUUUCAAUUAUCACACAAAUUAUGUCUGGUAUUGUAAUUUUAACUGUUAUGUGGCAAGCUUUUGGUUAUUCAUUAACCUUUGGUCCAAGUCAAAAAGGUAUUAUCGGUAAUUUAGACCACGCUUUUUUAAUUAAUGUAUCAUAUAGAAAUUGUAAUCAAAAUGCCCCAACUAUUCCAUCAGCUGCUUACGCAUUUUUCAUGAUGAUGUUUGCAAAUAUUACACCAUUAUUAAUGACCGGUGCCUACGCAGAAAGAGUCAAAUUCAAGGCAUUCAUUGUUUUAACUAUAUUUUGGGAAAUUUUAGUAUUUUAUCCAGUUGCUCAUUGGAUCUGGGGAGGUGGUUGGUUAUCCAAAUUCCCAGUUUUAGAUUUUGCUGGUGGUAUUGUUAUUCACACUUCAGCUGGUGUUAGUGCUUUAGUUGUAGCUUUAUAUGUUGGUAAAAGAAAGGAAUUCGAAAAAUACGGAGGUGAAUUCCCACCAUCAAAUCUUCCAUUAGCUGUAAUUGGUGCUGCUCUUUUAUGGAUGGGUUGGUUCGGUUUCAAUGCUGGUUCUGCUUUAGCUGCUGGUGACGUUGCUGCCUCAGCUGUUGCUUCAACUCAAAUUGGUGGUAGUUUUUCCGCUAUUGUUUGGAUCGCUUUAUCAUGGUUAAAGGGUAAACCAACUACUGUUUCAGCCAUCAAUGGUAUUAUUGCUGGUUUAGCAGGUAUCACCCCAGCUUCAGGUUACAUCAACAGUCAAUACUCUAUUGGUUUAGGUGUUGCAUUAGGUCUUUCAUCCUAUUAUUCAGUUGUCCUCUUAAAACACAAACUCCACAUCGAUGAUGCCCUUGAUGUAAGCUCUGUUCACGGUCUUACUGGUAUUGUUGGUGCUUUAGCUAUUGGUUUCUGCGCUGAAUUAAGUAUUAAUGCUAAAGGUGCCAAUGGUGCUUUCAAUGGUAACCCAAUUCAAAUUGGUUAUCAAUUAUUAGGUGUUUCCGUUGUUGGUGCCUGGGCUGCUCUUGUUACAUACGGCCUUUUAUUAGCUAUCGACUAUACCAUCGGUGUUAAAAUCGACGAAAACGAAGAAGAACUUGGUCUCGAUUUAGUUGAACAUGGUGAAUUUGCUUAUCACAAUAUCGCUCUCACUGGUAAUGAAAACCACUAUUCAUCUAUUAACUCUACUCAAGAUUUCUUCAAAUAAAAUAUACAUAAAUAAAAACUAAAAAAAAAAAUAAAGAAAAAAAAUAAAUAAAAAAAAAUUUUAAAAUUAAAAUAUA